UAUGUAGCGUUAAACCAACGCAAGCGAAAGACAUGAAAAGAUAAUGAAAGAGGGUAACCAACAUAAGCCAAAGAAGAAACCAAAACUAUGAAAAUUGAGUUUGAAAUUUGAAUCAAGCGAAAGCCACGGCGACGAAGGUUCCAACGAGAGCAGUGGCAGCAAUGCAGGUCUUGCUUAUGGAGAACGCAGCGGAGGGAGUCUCAGCGGCUGGUUGCUCUGGAGCUGGGCCUGAUGCCGGGCCUGAUGCUGGGCCUGGCGCGGGAGGGGAAGGGGUUGCUGGGCUUGGGGCCUGGGAUGGAGGAGUAGGUGUUGCUGGUGCGGGUGCGGGUGCAGGUGUUGCCGCAGGUGGAGGGGUGUUUGCGGUUGGUGAUGGAGCAGGUGCUGACGUGGAUGGUGAUGGGGUUGCCGCUGGUGGUUGCGUGGGUGCUGGUGCAGGGGCUUGUGCUAUGCAUGAGGUGGCCAAAAGCCCCAAUAUCACAAACACUUUAACUGCAGCGUAACCCAUCUUAUGAGAAAGCGAGUGCAAAAUUUACUUUACUCCAACGAAAAGGAGAUGAAUUGAAUAGUAGAGUUGAGUGUGUUAUGGGUUUGUGUGAGCUA